UACAAUGGAGUAAAGUAUUGUGUCAUCAUGUGUCAGUAUAUGUGGUAAACGCAGUGAAAUUAUUCUAUUCAUCAAUUCUAUUUUUGGUUGAUUGGUUUCUGCUAAUAUCGUUAAAUAUUUACAUCAUAUUGCGAUUAACGAGUCAAAAUGUUUGGCAAGAAAAAAGAACCAAGACAAUCUAGACCAGUUGGUAGUUUGGAACAGUAUGGCAUUUUUGAAGUCCCUGAUAUAAAUAUUGGCAAUAUCAAUAGUAAUAUGGAAGAUGAUGAUGAUGAUGAAAGUUUAGAAGUUGAAUUAGCUGCUUUGGCUGCUGGUAAUGAUACAAGUUAUAAAAGCAGACGCAGUGCUGCACGCAAAACUGUUACUGAGGUAAAUUUGGAUGAAAUGGUAACCGGCUGCUUAAAGGAUACAAAUUCUGAUGAAGAACUAAUUGAAGGAGAUGACGAUCCUGUGUUAUUGAGAGAGUUAGAGACGCUCACAGGAAAUGAUAUUGUGACAGAAAAGGCAGAUAUGCCAGAAUCAAUGAAAGAAGAACAAGUAGAAUAUGAUGAACAUGAAACUAAAGAGGAAGAUAAUUCUAUACCAAAACUAAUCAAAUUACUGCAAGAAAGACUAGAAAUUUAUGAGAUAGCUGAGGAGAAAGCAAAAAGAAACAAUGAAACUAGUAGAGCUAGAAGAUAUAACAGAGGUAUAAAAAUACUGAAAGAAAUGUUGGUUUCUGUACAAUCAGGUAAAAGUGUAAACGAAACUGACAUUCCUCCAGCUUUGCCUUCUUCAGCUACCACUGAAUCUACUGUUCAAAAUAUAGUUGCAGAAGAAAAAACAUCGUUACCAGUGAAAGUUAGUGAAACAAUUGUAACAUCAGAUACCUCAAAUAAUGAUAAUCCUUCUGCACCAGUAGAAGAUAUCACAGUGGAUCAAGAAGCUUUGGAUAAAUUAAAAAAACAGCAACAAAAAUAUAAGACUGCAGCAAUUGCUUGGAAGAGGGCGGGUAACAAAGAGCAAGCGUUACAAUAUGUAAAAACUGUAAAACAAUUCGAUAUAGUUAUUGCUGCAGUCGCUGAAGGUGAAAAGCUUGAUUUGUCAGAUAUGCCACCUACCCCAAUUUUACCUUCUCCAACUAGUACUGCAACACCAGCUGUAAAAGAAGAAAAUGAACUUCAACAGCAAGUUUCUUCAAAAGUUGGUCCAGCAAAGUGCAAUCCUGAGAAUAUAGAAGGAGCUCUUAAAGAACGUCUCGAGGUAUAUAGAAGAACAAAAGUAGCUGCUGAAGAUGAGGGUAACAUAUCUAAAGCUCGGAGAUAUGGUAGAAUUUGCAAACAAUUUGAGGAUGCUAUAAAAUUAUAUAUGCAUGGAAAGACAGCACCAUUGGAAGAACUUCCUGUUCCGCCUGGUUUUCCACCGUUAAUAUUGACUCCACAAAAUAAUGAUAUCACCGUGCAACCUACAUCUGCGUCUGAAUCGUCUGAAAAUAACAUUGUAAAAGAGUCUGUGCAACCAAAACCACCUAUUCCUCCUCCUAGAGGACAGAAAUCAAAUCAAAGGAUUACAUCACGUGCAGAGAAACAAAUGCUACAAUUGCAGCUACGGCAGCGUGAAUUAAAGCAAGUUGCUCUAAAUGCAAAGAAAGAUGGGGAUAUGGAUUUAGCACGUGACUAUCUAAGACAAGCAAAAGGGAUACAACCUUUAAUCGAAGCCAGCAAAGCUGGCUUGCCUGUUGACAUGACUUCAAUUCCAUUAUCGCCUCUUGAAAAAGUAGAACUUAGUAUAGCACAAAAGGACGAGAAUUUCAUCUUGAUAUCUUCUCAAGAUUUCUUGGAAGACUUGAAUGGGACAGACGAUACAAUUUAUGAAAAUCUUGAAACUCAAUUAAUGAAACAAAUUAAGUGGUGUUUGUCUACACGAGAUCAUUCAAAAGCAUUGGGAGAUGUUCCUGGAUAUAAUAGAUGGGAACGGCUUGCACUGAACUAUACGCGAGAUUUAGAUAUGCUGAGAGUUCGAAAACGUGAUUCAUUGCCACCACCACAACAUCAUUAUGAAACAAAAACUUAUCAAAUAGUACAGAGUUGCACGGAUUUAAACGAUAAUGAUAUAGAAAUUUCGAUAAUUAGAGGAAUCAAUUAUUCUCGAGAGGCAGACACAUAUGUAAUGUAUGAAUUUCCAUUUCCAUUGGAUAAUCAUCCUGUAGAUAGGACAUUGACGAUUAAAGAUUCUGCCAAUCCUGAAUACCAAGCCAUAUUUUUGCUGAAUGGUAUUAUAAAUCGCACCUCUAGACAAUGUCAGAGAGCAUUCAAACGACACGCCUUGAAGUGUGAAAUUUGGACGAAAGGAUGCUCGCUGAAUCCCAUCCUGUGUUGCACUCAUCCCAGAGGUUUCUUUCGAAGUGAUAGUCUACUUGGUACAGUAAUGGUCAAGUUACAACCACUAGAGUCUCAAUGCACUCUACAUGAUUCUUUUCCACUUAUGGAUGGCAGGAAAGCAACAGGAGGAAAACUGGAGUUGAAAGUUCGUCUUAGAAAUCCAAUUCUUUUUAAACAAAUUGAGAAUAUUACAGAUAAAUGGCUAACUAUUGAUCAGUAAUUCAAUUUAUCGUCUCAGCGAAAAUUUAUGUUUAAAUUUUUUAUUGGUUGUAUCAAGAAACUUUUAAAAUCACACAU